UUCCGUCGGCCUGCCCCACUUCCGUUGUUGUUCUCAGUCCACCACCGCACGUGACGCCCAGAAAAAGUCCCGACGUGAUUACGUCAUGUAGUGGGGGGGAAGCAACCCGGAAACUAGUGGAGAGAAAACACUCAGAGGUAAGUACUGGAGCAGAGUCACUUUCAUUUCAGUCGCUGAUUGCCGUCUCCUGCUGGAAGCUAUCACUGGGGGCUGAGAAACGCUAAUGGCAAGACAAGUCCUAUAAGAAAUGAAGGAUCUGUGACAUCUGAGUUGCCGCACAGAGAAUCCCGCAACCGUUCACCGAUUAGGCUGGUAACCUGAAGAGUCCGUGCGCAGUGAAUGAGCGCCCAAGGGCAGGCCGCCGAUAUGGUGCAUCCCAAUGAGAGCCCGGGUUGUAGCUACGCCCCUCUCUGUGGAGGAAGCUCUGGGGAUGAAUCUUUAGGAAAGCCGGAGACUCUACCACCUGAUGUCUCUAACCAUGAGGCCUUUCAACGCUUGUGGUUUGAGAAUCAGGACCUGAGAGUGGCCCUAGAGCAGAGCAACGCCAUGCUGCGGAAGAGGCACGGUGAGAUGCUGGACUUUCAGGACACGCAGAGGAGGGAGCGGGAAUUCAUUGCAUACAAGUUCAACGAAGCGAAGAACUUGGUGCAGAGAUUGACAAACGAACGGCAUCUCCUGCAAGAUCAACUCGAAGCUGCAAAAAAGCAGCAAGACUUAACAACCAGGGACGACCGGCCUGUGAAAGAUGCCCAGACGGACCGGGGUCUUGCAUGUAUUCAGAGACUUCCUCAAGAGGAUAACCGCAGCCCUGGGAGCUCUAUGUCCUCCUGCGAAACUCUGACACCCAGUGUGUGUGAAACAAUCAAAGAGACAGCACGAAAUCACGAGGGACCAUCUCGAGCCACGCAGGAAGAGCCUGCAGAGCAGAAGUCUCUUCCAGACUUACAAGUCACGCCAAAUGACGGGAGGGUGAGUACGGAACAGGGUCUUCGGGACAGGCUGAAGGAGACAGAGAGCUGGAAUGCUCAGCUCAAGGAACAGUUACAGAAGCUGCAGAAUGAGGUUUCAGAUCUUAAGUGCCAGUUGGCAGAUCAGGGAGCAGAGGCACGGCGACAGCUGCAGCAACUCUCUGAGGAGAAGAUGUCUGUGAAAGCCCAGGUGACCUCCCUAUUGGGAGAGCUACACGAGAGUCAAAUGAGCUUGGAGACCACUCUGAAGGAGAAGAGAAAGGUGGAGGAAAGCCUGCGGGGUGUGCAAGAGCAGAAGCAGGAGUGGGAGGUUCAAAUGAAGCAGCACGUGAUCCAGCUGGACCAGCGCAGGAUGCAGGUGCAGAGCCUAGAGUCAGCGCUGAAGGUGGAGAGACAGAAUGCCAGCGAGGAGAUGAGGAAGCUUGCCCAGCUCCAGGCUGCAUAUCACAAGUUGUUUCAAGAAUACGAUGUGCACAUCAAGACGAGCCUUCAGCAGGAAAAACGGAUGCAGGGCACAGAAAUUGAACUUCAUGAGCUAAAGCAGCAGCUGCAGGAGGCAGAAGAAGCUCUCGUAGCCAAACAAGAACUCAUAGACAAGCUGAAGGUUGAAACAGAUGAGCAAAAAGGCCUGACAGAAACCGUUGCUCUUCUGAAAGCUCAGGCAGAGAUCUAUCGUGCAGAUUUUCAGGCUGAACGAAAGGCCCGUGAGAGGCUUCAUGCGGAGAAGGAACAGUUGCAGGAGCAAUUGGACAGACUGCAGCGAGAAAGGUUGAGGAACGAGUCUGAAGGGGCCAGGGCUAGGAUUGAAGAGAUGAUGAAUAGACAUUCUGACACUUUACGACCAAGUCUGCCUGGGUCCUAUAUGCCCUACUCUAAUCCACAAGCUGCUUCCUUCCACCCUGUGCUAGAACUUCAGGAGUUCUGUUGCCCCAAGUGUCAGUACAAGGCUCCAGACAUGGACACUCUGCAGAUACAUGUUAUGGAUUGUAUAGAGUAGCUCUAACACUAAGGACUGCUCAGCCUGCCCAUACAGAUUAUACAUGGUGUAUAUGGACUGCUUAGCAUUUACGUAAUGCAAAUUGGUGUUCUCAAUCUGACUGCAAACCUGUGAUUUUCAAAUGGCUUGGAGCUGAAGGAUGCAUAACACGUUUCAGGUAGUAAAGUAUUUGGCAUGGAGUGGAUCAACCUUUGGCUUUACAAACAUACAGACCAAUUCUAUUGAAGAUGAAUAAGAGGUCUACAAAUCCUUUCCUAAAGGCUAGUUUUGAUUUUUAGUAUACUGGGAAGUGACUUGUGCCCAAAGAGCAAUACUGCAUACUAUUUGACACCCUUCUACCAUCAAGCUUGAUCAGUGCCUCCCUGUUGUUGGAUAAGUCUGUUCCUCUCUGUAAAUAAAAUCUAGCUGCUCUAA